AUGAGGCAGAAGACCAGAACCGCCGCCUCAAAAGGCCGGCUCGGUGCUCGAAGACGUCUUCCUCCUCAUCAUCCUCCAAACCACACACUUCAACCUCCUCGUCCUCCUCCACCUGGCGCACAUGCUGCGCCCAACCGGAACCAAGCAGUGCAAGUGCAGAACCCUCGCUGCGUGAACGCAGCCCGCGAGCUCCUGUGCCGCUACAUCAGGUUCCGGUGCGCGAACCACAUCGCCUUCUGCUGUCGGGGCGUCAACUUCUCUGCCUUCACAGCGUCCCUGGGCCUGCUCCCCGCCCACGUCGGGAGGUGGGACCACGGCGCCAACGACGACGACGCGGGCUUCCUCGUCCACCAGCGGCCGAGCGAACAUGCUCUGGUCGACGAGGCCUUCGACUUCCUGAUGGAAAGAAUGGAUGGGAUGGAAGCGGAUGGUCCCGGCGGCGGUGAUUUGCAGCUAGAGGGUGCUCUCGGGCAUCGAGGCGGACGAUGCUGCUCGAGUGGAAAUCCGGCAAGUUCGUGCUGA